AUGGUUCGCUGGGCCAUCCAAACAAGGAACUGCAUUUGUGCAUUCCUACCCUACAUAUUUCUUUUCAAUGAAGCAAUCACUGAGGCGUCCGGCUACAAGGUCGCCUCAUUUGGAGGCGCGGUUCCUCCCAAAAGCAAUGAAUCUCUCAAACCAGGAGGCGCAAUUCCUCUCAGCGCCCUGCAGCUCGGGACUGCCGAGAUACAGGCAGGGGCAAUCAUCGAUGCCGUUGAUGCCUGCUUAAGUCAGCGGAUGGUGGCUGCAGAAACGGACGACUGGAAGUUGGUACGUCUCAACAAGGUGCGGCGAGCAGAGAUCGUCAUCAGGCUUGUGCGUGCAAACAUCAGCCUAACAGAGUUUGGGCAGCAGUGGUCUGACGAUGAAGCGGUCAUCGAGGCAACGAAGAUGGCUGGUAGACAAGCCGCAGAGGAGAUCGCCCACAAAGAGUUCGAAGAGACCAUCGAUCGGACGCUCUCCGGUUCUACUCUCACGCAGGCUGCAGCACAGGAUUUCGCAGCCAAGAUGGAAGAGAUGGCUGAGAUGUGCGGGCAAGGUGAGGAAGGCCGACAGCUGGCCCAUGACGAGCUUGAGGUCAUGAAAAGCGGCAAUAUGUCUGCCAUGGAGUCCAUCAUGGCUCAUGAGCUGGCAGUUUACGUCGAGGAGCUGUGCCAGGUCAACGUCCUGGACACCGACUUUUUCGUGACGCGGCUUGGUGACAUCUCGGACUGCAACGAGCUGAUCGGCGUCUCCCUGGUCUCGAAAGCACAAAAAGCAGGUCGGAAGCUGGACUACUAUGCCAAGACCGCCGUGGUCCUUCACAACAAGGAGAACGGAGUUGGACACCAGCUUGUGCACCUCCUCCACGGCCAUGGGCACAGUGAGAAGACCCACAACGUCGAAAGCUUCCAAAGUUCCUUGCGCAAUGCCAGCCGGGACUCUGCAGAGCAUGUUCCCACAAUGGCACGGCUCCGGCUUUUGGACCUGAAAUACUACGAGCACGUCCAUGGCUUUACAGUGGGGAAGUACUGCCAGGGAAGUAUGGGGUCCGAAGCUGCCCAGUGGGUCAAGGACAGCCCGGAAAUCCAGAACUACGUGGACUGCCUUUGUGUGCGGCAGCAGCCCUCGCUGCUGUGCGAUGCGCAGCACCACCAAGAGCUGGAAGCCAUUCGUCCGACGGUGAUGAAGCGUCUCGAACAUGCCAAGGCUUCUGCGCACCCGGCGGUUUUGAUGCAGAUCGCCGAGUCGAUGAAAGCCAAGGGAAUCGGCCUGGGUCCGUGCUUGGCUGGCGAGGGUUUCUCUUGCACCUUCUGCGUGGCGGGCCAGGGCUGCGUCGACUCCGGCGGGGGUUUCUCGAUGGACCACCUGGCGGCGCUGACCGCCCUGCUGAAAGGCCCCAGCAGCUGCGUCGACGGAGCCUGCGGCGUUUGCAUGGGCGUGAAGCCUGGCGAUCCUUUAACCUUCGGGCUUCAGUUCGGCGUGUCGGUCGCGCAGUGCAACAAUGCAGCCGCGUUCUUCUCCAGUUUCCACAUCUUCGCUUCGUUGAGCAUGUGCAUCGGCGGUGUCCUCGGGAAAAUCGCGAGUGCCAUUGGCUGGACUGCUUGCGCCGAGCUUGCCAACGUAGCGUACUAUCCUUUCAUCAACAAGAUGACGAUUGCAUUGAUGCUACCAAUCUUCAUUCCUCCGCCGCUGGGGGUCUCCGCCGGUCUCGAGGUGAACUUGAACCUCGGUGAUUUGACACCAGCGGUGUACAAGCACUGUGGAAGCCAGGGCCAUAAGGAGUUCAACUGCUUGCAGUCAAUGUUCGAUGCCAGGGGGCCCACGGGCGUGAAAGUCUACGUGAAAGUGCUCAUUGGCGUGAAGAUCCCUGUGCUGGGUGAGGUGGGCAAGUGGGUCGAAAUUCUGGGCUUUGAGGUCGCCGAGGAAGACAACUCCAGACAGUUGGCGAUGAACAAGGCAGGCGUCACAGUCGAGUACAUCGGCAGCAACUCAGCCGGAGGCGAGCUGUGCGGCAAGACCUUCUCCAAUGUGAACUGCAUCCAACAAGCAGGUGACCCAGGUUACCGGGCCAACACCGCGGACAACCACAAUGGCGACAGGUUCCAUGUUUACAGGAAUCCAAAUGACCCGAAUGACCCCAGAGCCUUGUGUGUGAGGCGAGUGGAUCAUUGGAACGGAGGUUGGGGUAUGAAGCUCGAAAUUGCUUGUAAAGUAGACAACAACCAGAACGGAGGAGGAGGAAUCUUGAUUCCAUUCGGGAGCACUCACCACCACCAGAAGUGCGUGAUGCCUUCGCAGCCCGUUCACUGCAAUUGGUGGGCAGGAGAGCGAGGGCACCGUCUCGGUUUUGACCAGCAUGAUGCCGGAUUCUCGCUAUGGCAUGAGGGUGGUCGCGUUUGUGCACACCUCAACCACCGCAGGCGCAGAAGGCGAAGAAAUGGGGGCCGACGACGAAACCGACGUCGAAACAACAACGGCUGGGACAUGAACCUUGUAGUGGAAUGCGAUGCCACCGGUGGCGAGGUUGACUACGUAGUCCAAACCGUGGACUUUGGCAAAUCCGCUACGAACAUGAAGUGCGUUCUACCAACACACAGUAUGGAGUGCGAGCACGAUGCCGGCAACGCCUUCAAGAGAGCAAAUGAUCACCAAAACGGAGACACCUUCUCAAUCUGGACUUCUCACACGACUCACCUGUGUGUGCGACGGACGGAUAGUGGAGGUGGCUGGGGCAUGGACUUGAGAGUUCAGUGCAAGCAGCGCCAGCAGCUUUGGGGCAAGGCUGUGGUGAGCAUUGGCUCCAGCACUACUCAGGAGAAGUGCGUCUUAGAGCCACAACGACACUUGUAUUGCGACUACCUUGCCGCCAAUAAGGAGUACCGCAACAGCGCUAAAGACAAGCCGGACAGCUUCCACGUUGAGCAGAGGGACGGGCAUGUUUGUGCUCGCCGCACGGACCACACCGACCGGCGCCGCCACUUCCGCCGGCGGCGACGGAACCGUCGCCGCAACGAAGGAUGGGGAGUGAACUUGGAGAUGGAAUGCAAAGUUGACAUAGGGCCCUUCCUGGCUGUGGACAUUGGGCCAUCCAUGGCACCGUCCGGCUACAAGUGUGUUUUGACUACUCACCAGGUGCACUGUGAUGCAGAUGCAGGCAACGUCAAUAAACGUCUCAACGAGGAGCGAAAUGGUGACACCUUUGUCGUCUGGCAGUCGCAUACACAACACAUAUGUGCAAGGCGCACAGAUGUCAUGCCAGGGGGCUGGGGCAUGCACUUGCGGCUCCAGUGCGACAAGCAGGCAAAACACGAAUGGAGGCCGGUGCGGGUGGUCCUUGGCUCCAGCAUGAAGAAUGAGAAGUGCUUCCGAGAGCCCAACAACAAGGUCUUCUGUGACACUUUGGUCGGGGAUCCGGAGCACCGGCUUAACAACAACAUCCACAUGAACUUCAUAUUCGACAUCCAGCACCGCGGCAACAACAUAUGUGUGCGUCGUACCGACAAUGUUCAUCAUGGCUGGGGUUUCCAGCUUGAAGUCAUGUGCAAGCAGUUUCCUUAUGCUAUCAGGGCGGCUCCCGCACAGCCGGUGGGGCUCCAACCUGCUGGCAUGUCGGCCAUGGUGGCGUGGUACAAGAGCGAGGACGCGAAUCCAUUUUGGAGAAGUUCCGUUGGCAACUGGGAGGGUCGUGUGACCAAGGGCAGUGUCACCAGAAAGUACGAAGCUGGUCAUGGGGCCACAGGUGCCGUGGCAUACAUUCUUGGCAAUUCUGGUGAUGGCUUCAACUUCUUCCAAGUCCUGACACCAGACUUCACCAUUUGCUCGGUUACCCGCUAUGCCGGACCCACCCAGAAGCGCAUCCUCCAGAACAACAAGCCCAACUUUCUUCAUGGCCAUUGGUUCGGAAAAGUUGGAACGGCCUUCUACAGCACAUGGGUUAGCCAGGGGGAGGUGGUUGCCGCAGAGCAGCGCCAGGAUUGGCUCGUGAUGUGCGGCAACAGCAACGGAGUCGUCUACAUUGGCCGGGAGAAGAAGAACGUCGGCCAGCACGCGGCCGUGAAGACCAGUGGGAACGUGGACCUGUACGUCAACGAGGGCCUCCAGGAAUUCUCCGACUUUGGUGUCAUGGAGGUCAUCACUUGGAAUCGGCCACUCAACGACGACGAGAUGUGGACCAGCAUGGAGUACCUGAACUGGAAGCUUGAGGCCAGACCUGCUGACGUGUCGUCCAUGGUGGCUUGGUUCAAGAGUGAGGAUGCGAAUCCAGUUUGGCGAAGUGCCGUUGGCAAUGUCUAUGGUGAGGUGAUCAAGGGUGGUGUCGCUAGAAAAGUCGAAGCAGGAAACGGUGCCAAAGAGCCAGUGGCUUUUCUCAAGGGCGACACUGCUGCCGGCUUCGAUUUCGGCCGGAUCAUGAAGAAAGACUUCACCAUUUGCUCGGUUACCCGCUAUACCGGAGGUGCCAUGCAACGCAUUCUCCAACACCACUCGCAUAACUUUCUUCAUGGCCACUGGGCAGAAAGGGUUGGAGUGGCCUAUUACGGCGGGUGGGUCGUCGAGGCGGGUGUAAGCAGCAAGACCGACUGGCUCGUGAUGUGCGGCAACAGCGAAGGAGUCGUUUACAGGGGCAAGGAGAACAGGAACAUUGGACACAACGGGGAGGUGAAGACCAAUCCAGAUGUCCACUUGUACAUCAACAAGGGGUUUGACGCCGAAGUCUCCGAUUUCGCUGUCAUGGAGGUCAUCGUUUGGAAUCGGGCUCUUUCCGGUGACGAGAUGUGGAGCACCAUGUUGUACCUGAACUCAAAGCUCGAGCACGGCUCGCAGUGA